UGGUGCCCGGUUCUGGGUGAGGCCUGCGCGGGGCCGCGGCGGCGGCGGGGCCCUUCUGAAGGAGCCGCCUGCGUGGGUGGCAGCUUUUAAGCUCCUUCUUGAACAGUAUGUUCCACGCUGGUUUGAAAGCUGCAGAAGAGCAACUGCAGAUCUCCAGAAGUCCCCAGGAAUAGCACUGCUAGCAAAAGCUUUCAUCAUGGGGGACAUGAAAACCCCAGACUUUGAUGACCUGUUGGCUGCUUUUGACAUCCCUGAUCCAACCAGCCUUGAUGCCAAGGAGACCAUCCCAUCAGCUGGGGAGGAGAAUGAGAAUCAACUGAAGUCAUCGGGAAUCUGCAUAGAUGAGAAUGUGUCCUUAUCUCACUCUUUGCCUCCCUCUGAUGCUCCUGUUGUGAGUGUGAUAGUGAAGAACACAAGUCGCCAGGAGUCCUUUGAAGCAGAAAAGGAGGGGAGCCACCUUGGGACUAGUCUGCUACACAACGGGUUUCGUGCGUCCGAUCUGCUGCCGGAGGCUCACGCUUUAGGGCAUAAUUAUGGCAAAUUUGAGUCAACUUUUAUUAAUGGUGACAGCUCAAGAAGUUACUCUGAUAAACUGGACCAGUCCAAGUCAGAGCCUUUGCCAACGUUUAGUCAGUUUAGCCCGAUUUCCAGCCCUGAACCAGAGGAUGCGUUCAAAGAGAACAGUAUCGCUGAUAAACCUAAGCAUGCCCAAACUCCGUAUUUUCCACCACCUUCAAUGUAUAUACCCACAGGAGCUUCAGUACUAGAUCAUCUUAGGAGGGUACCAGAGCCUGAAUUAAGCAUGUUUGAUCAAUACUGUAAAAAGGAACAAAAGAUGGAAAUCCAUUGCCAGUCAGAGAGUAGGCUGGAAAUGAGCAGAAGAGAACAAGACAAAGCACCGGAGAGGUUUGUGGAGUCAAGCAAGGACUUGGUGGAUACCAGUAGCUUUCUUGGAGAAGGCCUGGUAUUUGGAGACCUCCCUCACAAUAAUUUAGGAGAAAUUAAGGGGUCUGUGCCUGAGCUGAACAUGUCUUCUUCGGUACCACCUCGCCAGAGAUUGAAGCCAAGUCAUUCAAAGUUGUCAUCCUGCGUGGCAGCGUUAGUAGCCCUUCAAGCCAAAAAGGUUGCAUGUAUUCCAAGAAGCGAUCAGCCAAACCUUACCAAGGAACCUGGUGCUUUUAAAGAUGGGACAAAGGGAAGUCCAAAAAUGCCCAAGUCACCAAAGAGUCCCCGAAGCCCCUUAGAGGUGGUGAGGAAGGCGAACAAGCAGCCUGAGAGUCCUCGAAGUGUGUGCAGUGACAGCAGUGGGAAAGGCUCUCCCUCCAUGACAGCUGGCUCUCCACCAGCUAUUCCCAAAGUUAGAAUAAAGACUAUAAAGACAUCCUCUGGUGAAAUUAAAAGAACUGUAACUAGAAUUUUGCCAGAAAAUGAUGAGUUGGGCAAAUCUUCAGAAGAGUCUCCUGUGGAAACCUCCUCAUCUGUGGAAGAAUUUAUUAAAUGUUUCCCAUCCCCUGACACUAGUAUGGUUAUGGAAAGUGAGGGUAGCAAGAAUUCAACCAAAAAUGGGGCUGCUGUGGCUAUCCAGCUGUCAAACAUAGCCGGUCCUUAUGCAGAUGCUAUGAAAACAGAUACUGCUGCAAACAGCAUGUGCACUGUGUCUUUGUCUCCACUGCCGAACUGCAGCAGCGGUGCCGUAAAAGUAGGUGGUAAGAGGCAGCAGCAGCAAGAUGUCAUGAUGCAACCAUCCAGCACGGCCACCUCUGGCCUUCUCCCCAAAGCCCUACACUUGGCAAACCUCAACUUAGUCCCGCACAGUGUUGCUGCUUCUGUCACAGCAAAGUCCUCCGCACAGAGGCGGAAUCAGCCUCAGGUGACACAGAUGUCUGUGCCACUGGUGCACCAAGUCAAGAAAGCUGCUCCCAUCGUCGUGGAGGCGUUCAACAAAGUACUGCAUAGUGCCAACCCGGUGCCAGUCUAUACUCCAAACCUGAGCCCUCCACCUGACACCAAUAUUAAUUUACCUGCCUCUGGGUAUUGUUGCCUGGAAUGUGGGGACUCUUUUGCCCUAGAGAAGAGCCUGACUCAUCACUAUAGCAGACGAAGUGUUCAUAUCGAAGUCAUGUGUACUCAGUGUUCAACUAUGCUACUUUUUUUUAACAAGUGUAGCUUGCUGAAACAUGCAAGAGAUCAUAAGAGCAAAGGAUUUAUCAUGCAGUGUUCUCAGCUGCUAAUGAAACCUAUUUCCUUAGACCAAAUGUUUUCAUCUUCUCCUCCAAGCUCUUCAGCCUCUCUGGCUCCUCAGACUUUGCACUCACCCUCUCCUUCACCUAAGAGUAGUGCUGCUCUGAGAGGUGGGGUCGGACCUUCUGCUAGCACUCAGCCAGCAAUGCCUCUCCACACAGACCCAUUGAGACUAAUCCGCCAUGGACUGAAAUGUUUGGAGUGUAACAAGCAGGUACAGGAUUACGUUGAUUUAGCAGCUCAUUACCAGAGAACCUCAGAAGAUAAUGAGAGACUGACGUGUCAAGUGUGCCAGAUGAUGCUGCCCAACCAGUGCAGUUACUGUGCCCACCAGAGGAUUCAUGCUCACAAGUCUCCCUACUGCUGCCCAGAGUGCGGAGCCGUCUGCCGCUCGGCCUAUUUCCAGAGCCAUGUGAAGGAGAACUGCCUGCAUUACUCCCGAAAAGUUGCCUUCAGGUGCAUCCAUUGUGGAGUUGUCCUCAUGACUCUUGGCAUGCUGAAGGUACACAUCCAGGAGAAACACUGCGAAGUCUUCCACAAAUGUUCUUUUUGCCCAAUGGCCUUCAAGUCGGCCGACGGCACCACAGCUCACAUGACCAGCCAGCACCCAGAUGCAUCGCACAAGACUACUCAGGUCAUCUACAAAUGUUCUUGUGAGAUGGUCUUUAACAGGAAGAAACUGUUUCAAGAGCACUUCCAUAAAAACACCAAGAAGUUGUUAGUGGCAGUGUUUAAGUGCCUACAGUGUCAGCUGGUGUAUAUGCAGAAACAGCAGUUAAUGCAGCAUGUUAAGGGUGUUCAUGGAGUCCCCCACAAUCCUGAGGAGCUCUCUGACUUUCAACAGAAAUCUGAGAAGGCCUCAAGGAACAAGGUUCAUACCCCACCAAAGGAGCUGUCGGUAGCGAAUGGGACUUCCCACUCCCCUCUGCAGAGGAAGGACACGAGGAUGGAAGGACACAAUCCUGAAGCCAAGUCCAGACUGAGAACUGGUUGGACUUGCAAGGAAUGUUCACAGUGGAUCCCCGAUCGGGAAACCUAUGUGUCCCACAUGAAGGGAAAUCAUGGAAGGUCUCUGAAGAGAUACCCCUGUCGACAGUGUGAACGCUCAUUUGAUGCCUCCAACAGUCUGCGCAGACACAUCCGCAAUAACCACGACACAGCAAAGACAGUUUAUACUUGUUGGUACUGCACAGAUGAAAAUCAGACAUUUCCUCAGCCGUUCAUGCUGGAAAAUCACAUCAGCCUCGUGCAUGGCAUCAGAAACCCAGACUUAUCCCAGAUGGCCCAAGCAGAAGCUCCAGAGAGAGACACAGCAGAAGCAAAAUCUCCAAAGAGAAUGGCAAUGGACGAGCUGGGUCAGGCAGAGACCACAGUGGGUUCAGAUGAGCCACCAGCCAAAAAACUGAAAGCGCCCUGGAAAUGUGCGAAAUGCGGCUUCGCGACGGACGUCAGCUCGGAGUUCCAGGAGCACAUCCCUGGGCACAAGACAGACAGCUCCACCUAUCAGUGCUUGCUCUGUGGCUUGUGCUACACCUCUCACCUCUCUCUGAACAGACACCUCUUCAUUGUUCAUAAAGUAAAAUAUGAGGAGGAGGAGGAAGAGGAGGAGGAUGAUGAAAGGGAGAAGUUUCAAAGGGAGACGAGUGAAAAUGGACACAAGGGGUAUAAUGGUGAGAUGAACACUACGGUGGAAAAAGACAACCUGAAAUGCAAAGAGUAUAAAAGUGACUCAGCUCUUUGUGAACACAGUCAGACGUGUGGCGUGGAGGAUCCUCAUAGCACCUCACAGAACAAUCAUUUGAAGUCUCUUAAGACUUAAAACCCCCCUUUUGGUCAGUCAGGGGGUUUUUGUUGGGUUUUUUUUAAAUGAAAAUACGGGGCGGGGAUGGGGCAAAUCUUUGAACUAUUAUGUUGAUUUUUUGGGGUGGACAUUGCUUUCCGUUAACUUCUAUUUGUAAGGGAAAUUUAAAAAAGAAAAAAACCAAACCCUGCUAUUGCAUCCUACACACUAAUUCCCUGCCAGACCAGAGGGGUGAAAAGGGAAAGCAGGGCACAAAUCCUUGCUGGAACUUGUCCAACUCCUGAGGAUCAAGGAGCACUUUCUGCAGCUGCAGUUUCCUUAAGAUGAGUUCUUGAGCUCUCUUUUGAGUGUGCAUUGCCUCAGCUGCAGCCCAGAGCCCCAGCCUUGCCUUCCCUAUCUCACUUUCUCCUCCUAUUUAUGGCUUCUUUUUUUCUCUUUCCAUCCUGCCUUUGUUUUACUUAUUUUAAGUCUUAACAAUGCCUCAACAGGACACACGUGUCAGGACGGUGCUGGCCCAUCUGAGAUCUUCUGUGUUAGCAUGGAAUAGGUUCAAGCUGUUAAAUGACACUGAUUUUUCUUGAAUUGCCUGUAUAACCACCUUAUUUUCUAAAAGGCAAUUUAAGGAAGUGCCUUGAACCUGAGUAACCCUGAAGAACUUUGUAGCCCCUGUCCUCUGAGCACAUCCAGGAGGGCCUGGUGCCCCCUGGGGCCUCGCUGGCUGCCGUGGAGCUGCUGGAAGUUGUACCCAGGCCGGGUGCUUGGUGCCUCGUUCCGCCGGGCAGCUCGGGCAGCACGUUGGCGCCGUUCCCAGAAGGGGGAAACGUCCCCGGGCCCGUCCCGCGCCGUGCGGGUGUCCGGCCGUGCGGGCUGCGGGGCCGGCCCCUCCUCCCUCCGCGGCCCCGUUACCCGCACCCGGGAGACGCUUCUUCCCGCGUCGUCAUAACUGACCCGUCCCGCACUUGUUCCCCUCCCACAAAUCGCUACGUGUUAAUAUAAUUCUCUCCUAUGCCAUUAUUUUUUAUUCUGUUGAGCCAGAACCCUACUCGUUAUUGUUUACUAUGAUGAUGUUUAAAUAAUUUAAGAACUAUUUAUCUUAACUCCGUUCAGAUCGCUCACCUCCUCGUCUCCGCGUGUUUGACGUUUGGACCGGGAUUCCUGGGGGGGGCGGGGGGCCCGGGGGGCAGCAGGGCCCACUCCCCAGCCCCCACCCCACUGUUUAACCCGCAGCGGCGUCUGUGCCUUUGCUAUGAUGUUUACUUCCAAGUAUUGCAAAUAAAAAGCAUCCAAGG